UUCUUCUGCCAUUGAAAUCCGGAAUGAUUGGUCCACCACUCUUAAUUACGUCAUUUAAUCCAUCGAGUUAAUGCAUAGAAAUACUAAAAAUCAACAAAGUCAACUACAGAUGGAUCAGGCCUAAGCCAAAAUCUUGUCUGUUAAUCACCCAAAUCUCCUUGCCGGCAUACUCAUAAUCCAAAACCCAAACCCAUAAUCUUUCUUAAUCAUACCAAAAUCCUGUUUUUUUUUUUCUUCCUUGUCUUUUACUGAAAGUUCAAAGGGCUGGUGUAUCAGUGACUGUUUAGGUUUGAAUUCCAGGGUGAAAGAUAGUAGGGGAAGAGGCUGAAUUAUAUGGAUAGUUUGUUCUGUUUCAGUUCUGUCUGUUCUCAGCUUGCAAGAGGAGAGUCGUCGUGGGACAUUGGCAAGGGGGGAAGCCAGCAGCACGAGGCCACCAAAUACGGGUUCUCCCUAGUCAAGGGGAAAGCGAAUCAUCCCAUGGAGGAUUAUCAUGUUGCCAAGUUUGUUCAGAUUGAAAGGAAUGAACUUGGCCUCUUUGCAGUUUAUGAUGGGCAUCUGGGGGAGAGUGUGGCUGCAUAUUUACAGAACCAUUUAUUUCCCAAUAUUCUCAAGGAGGAGGACUUCUGGACUGAUCCUCACAGGUCGAUCUUAAAAGCUUACGAGAAAACAGACCAGGCGAUUCUCUCACACAACCCUGAUAUAGGCACCGGGGGAUCCACCGCUGUCACCGCGAUUCUUGUAAAUGGUCAGAAGCUGUGGGUGGCUAACGUUGGGGACUCACGAGCUGUCCUUUCGAGGAAAGGGGUAGCGGUGCAGAUGUCAGUUGAUCACGACCCCAAUGCUGAGCACGAGAGCAUUGAAGAUCGGGGCGGUUUUGUCACAAACAUUCCAGGAGAUGUUCCAAGAGUGAAUGGUCAGCUAGCUGUUUCUCGCGCUUUUGGAGACAAAAAUCUGAAGAAAUUCCUGCGAUCUGAUCCCGAUGUUACUACUGCUGACAUUGAUGGUGACGUUGAUCUUCUCAUCAUUGCAAGCGACGGCCUAUGGAAGGUGAUGUCUAAUCAAGAAGCAGUGGAUAUUGCUAAGAAGGCCAAGAAUCCACAGAAAGCAGCCAAGAAAUUGGCCAUGGAGGCGUUAAACAGAGAAAGUAAAGACGAUAUUUCUUGCAUCGUUGUCCGGUUUAAAGAGUAAAAGCAGUAUAUAUAUAGAACAGGAGGGGACCUGAUUUUGUGGACAUGAAAAGAAUUCUGCAGAAGUUCAUUAUGCAGAGAUUAUUGGUGCCCCUUUCCUUCAUUCUGUAGAUUAUUUAAUGAUUUUCUGUAAUCUUCCUGGAAAUCUUGGGGGCAUAGCUUCAUAUCAUGUUGGAAACUUACAUGGAGAAGCUCCUCAUGCUGUCCAGUAAAAUGCAAUAAUACAGACAUUAUUUCUGCCAUUGAUGCAGAGGUUUAAUGUUUCUUUAUAUGAUCAAAAGCUCAUUUUAGAGACUUUUUUUUUACUACAUUUAAAAGGUUCAACUCGUAA